AUGGCAACAUACAAUGUGAAUGUGCAUGGUGAGGCAGUGAAAACCACUGUGAUAAAUAGUGCUUCUUUUGUGGACAGCUUCAUCACAGAACUCAUACUCUCUUGCGACUACACCAACUCAUCAUCAUCAAGACCUCCUAUUAUCGGCUUCCACGUUGAGUUUACUGAUGAGAUCAAAGCUGCCACUCUUCAACUUUGCUCAGGCUCUCGCUGCAUCAUCAUACAACUCAACAAAAUGGUAACGAAUAAUAGUGUCUCUCAGUCGCUGAUCAACUUUUUGGCUGCUCCUCUCUUUUGCUUUGUGGGCGUUGAAAUAUUUCAGAGCUUGGCCUUGCUUAGGAGGGAGUAUGGGAUUGUGUGUAGGAAUGCGGUGGACUUGACGCUGAUGGUUAAUAUGGCUGUUAUGAGUGGAGCUGUUGAGCUUGAACCAAAGCCUUUGAGCGUUGUCAUGGGAGACUGGGGUGCUGAGAAUCUUAGCAUGGAGCAAAUCCAGAGUGCUGCUAUUGAUGUUUUUAACUUUUUUAUUUUUGGGGAUUUGCUGGUUAAUUCAUUGAAAUAG